GUUGGGCCCUAACUUGAGCUUGUUUAUUCCCAAAUUUGUAGCACCAUGUAUGGUCAUCAAGCUAUGUCUGGACUUGGGCUUGGUUCAUCCAAAAACUUGUCACAUACUCACAUUAACAUUAUAAUGAGCAAAUAAUGUAUGGGCCCAAUGGCAAAACCCAUGGCCCUGUCAUAAGGCCCAUCAAAAGAUUGAAAGUAGAGAUGUAAAUGGGCCGGACCUAUUUCUAAACUAGUUUUGACAUUUCAUACUUAAAUAAAUCUGGUGAUUAUGGUAGUAGUAGGAAUGCAGGAUGAGCAAGAGCAACUGCAACUCUAAGUGAACAGAUCUGGGCCGGGUAACUGAAAAGGUUGGGAUGCUGGCAAUUUGGCCCAUUGGCCCAUGAUCAUCUCUACCAGACCACCCGGAGUGUCAGACUAAUCAUAUCUGGGCCGCCUUUACAUAACUUUUCGAUGGAGGACUUGUACGGACAAUGAAACCCCAGUGAUUCGUCGCGAUCACGAGUGAGAGAUCCGAUGCCCAUGAUUUCUCAACCCGAAAAUUAUCCCGUAGAGGUUGUAUUGGCUUUAUUGGGAGUCCAAUUGGCACCAGUUGGAACUAGGGUUUUGUGAAAAACAGCAGUGGUGAUACUGCAAAUUCACUGAUAAAGAUUUGGAAUCGCGUGAGGGAUGGAUUUCGUAGGGCUUGUGGUGCUCACUGUAUUUGAAGGAUCUUACUAGCCCAAUAUGUGGGGAGUACUUUGUUGCCGCCCGAAUCCAAUCAACAACUUUAUCUCUGAAAAAAUUCAAGGACUUGUGUGCUUGAUGGAGGUGGAAGAUGGAGCUAUGUGGCUUUUGGAUGUGGUGAUUCUCUUUUCCUCGAACCCUCAAAGUGCUUGUAGGGUUCAUUGUUCGUCAGCAUGAGUUGUCAGAGACUCACAUUUCUUUAAAAUUAAAGCAAAUGGCAAUAUGAACAAAGAGUCUCAAAAGAGUGCAGGCAUCAGAAAGCUACAUUGCCAGCUCAAAAAGCUUCAAUGCCACAUCCUUACAGUGUCAGCAUGAGAAGAAAAAAAGGUCGCUAUGCUGCAUUAGGAUUGUAUGAUUGUCAAGCUGUCUCUACUGAUCAGGGUAUAUUUUUUCUCCAUUCAGCCAUUAAAGAACUUCAAAUUAUUAUCCAAAGUUUGCCUCAUUGCCUGCUCUUUUAGAUCUUCAGCAUCAGUUCUCAGGAACAACAGUAUAACUACCAGAAUCCACUUUUUCUCUAAUAUUUUAAGAGAAUUUUUGAUGAAAGAAGACUUGAUCUUCUCUGCAGUAUCUUUUUUCCUUGCCUUAUCCUUUCUCUAAAAAAAUACAUUUUUAUGAGUCAUAUCUUUACUACUUUUUUCCUUGUGAUGAGCAAUAGAUGACUCAUGCAACAGAAAGCUAAGAUUCACCUAUUUUGUUCAUCCCUUUAAAUACCUCUACCUGAAUCCAAACUUCCAUAUCAUUCACUGCGAUCGCCUCUUCCUUCAGUCAAGAAGACUUUAUAGCAGUUGUUUAGAGAUACAAUUGAAAGUCAAGUGAGCGAUCGAAAAAUGAAGAAUUCAGUCCAAGAACAAGUCCUUGGAAUUCCAAUCACCUCUGGUUCAUAUCAAGUUGUUAUGUCACCCAGAGGCAGAGGCUACUUAACUGGAUCUGAUGGCCAGUACAGCCUUUCAUUUCCAUUGAAUGGAUCUUCUGCUUGCAAGAAAAGAAAAGUAAAUUCUGUGCUAAGAAAUAUGAACAAGCUAGGGAAGAAAGCAGACACUUUUGCAGCCGGAAUCCGAGAGCACGUGAGACUGGGACAAAAGAUUACCGAAACGGUGAAAGGGAAGUUGAGUUUGGGGGCUAAAAUUCUUCAACUAGGAGGCAUGGGAAGGAUCUUCAGACGGUUAUUUAACGUCGGAGAAGGAGAGAAGUUGUUGAAGGCUUCCCAAUGCUAUUUGUCAACAACAGCAGGUCCUAUUGCAGGCCUCCUUUUUAUUUCCACAGAAAAGAUUGCCUUUUGCAGUGAGAGAUCAAUGGAAUUCUCUUCUCCAAAUGGAGAAUCUGUUCGAGUCCAUUACAAGGUCUUGAUUCCAAUUCUAAAGAUCAAGGGAAUUAACCAGAGCGAGAACAUGAAGAAUCCAUCACAAAAGUACAUAGAUAUAGUUACUGUAGAUAAUUUUGACUUCUGGUUUAUGGGUUUCUUGAACUAUAAGAAAACCUUCAAGUAUCUUCAACUGGCAGUUUUCAGAACCCUAGAUGAUGUACGAGUCACUUGCUAGUGACUUUAGAAUUGUCAUUUUACAAAUUUCUUGCUUCUGCCAUAAUUGUACAUGAGAAAGAAAGAUGUUCCAAGUGUAUAAAAUUUUGUUAAUCAA